GUGUGUGUGUGUGUGUGUGUGUGUGUGUGUGUGUGUGUGUGUGUGUGUGUGUGUGUGUGUGUGUGUGUGUGUGUGUGUGUGUGUGUAUGUGUGUGUGUGUGUGUGAAACCAUUGUGGACGUUGAAGAGAGAGAUCAUGAGGUGGGCGGACAAAGAUCAGGUGGCCGCAGUGAAGAAGUAACAAUUUACAAAGAUAGCGGGGGAUGAGGCGUGUGAUGACCUCCCAUGUACAAACAGGUGUUCAAAUAAUGCGGCCACCUUCCUGCGUGGCAGUGGAAGAAAACACUUGUGGCUUAUAGUUUUAUUACCACACACACACACACACACACACACACACACACACACACACACACACACACACACACACACACACACAUGUUGUUUGACUCCAUAUAUCAUAUUGUACACCUGGCAUUGAAAGUGUGGUCAGUAUUCCUCAUUUUCCCCAUCGCGUACAAGUCACACGGCUCGCCUCUGCAAUGCCCACUACUCAUUGCCUACUUCUGACUGUAAUCCUCUUCUAGCAACACUGUCUUCAUUAUCCUGUUUUGUCCAGUGUUGUGAAGAACAAGUCACACCAUCAAAUAAUUCGACCCUGGACAGAGAGGCGACCAUCCAAGCUGCGAAGUCCCGAGGAACAGGCACUAACAUGACUCCCGUUGCCUUCUCCAACACUGAGAGGCGGCACAUUUACUUGCUUAUCAUCUUGCUAUUGUUUGGAUUUAUGCUGACGGCUUACCAUGAACCACAACAAAUCACCUCGAGGAUGUCUCCCGUUGACAACGUGGUGUGUGGGCCGGAAGUGGAGGAAGCGGCAAGCCUUGAAGAGAUUAUCUCCAAGACGUCGACGAGACCAGCCGCUGCCGACCAGGUUUUGGUGUCUCGUCCGCAGCUAGAGGAAAUUCGUCGCCAGGUUGCAGGAGGCAUGAGGUCAACACUGGUGUUUCUCCGAUAUCAUUUGGAGCGGAUGGUCAGGAAGGAGAAGUCCCGCGACAAAUCUGAAGAGCUGGAGGCGUUCAUGGCCGAAGCCGUAGAUCGUCUCAGGCCUGAUGAAUUCAAGGGAACUUCAUUGUUAGUGACCAGACGUUUGACUCCCAGGGUGACACAGUUUGACCUAGCAAAACUUGACCGUUCGGCUGGACUGACGGCGUGGCAGGAGGAGGAGUCAAUAGCACUGAGUCAAGUGGUGCAGCAACAGAUCCACGCCCAUCAGCACCCUGACAACUGCACCGCCGCCAGGAAGCUCCUGUGUCCGACUGACAGGAUCAUUGCAGGCCUCGGGUCAGUGAUUCACUUCAUCAUACCGUGCCUCAUGGCUGCCCACACGAGUGGCAGAACCGCGGUGCUGUACUACAAAAGGCAGGAUCGCCUAGGUGCGGUGUGGGAGAAUAUUUUCCUUCCGCUCGGUCAGGCGUGCUUUAAAUCAUCAUCCAUCGUCAAGGUCCCGUGGCCAGGCACCAAUGACAGCGAGUGUGUAGAAUUCCCAAAAAAUGAAAAAACUGUACCCAAGACUCCCUUGAAGCCCCUCGGCGUGCCUCGAGACAUCGCCAGUCGCCUCCAUAAGUUUAAUGACUAUCCCGGCGCCUGGUGGGCAGGCCAGUUCGCUAAGUACGUGAUGCGCUUGCAGCCUGAUGUAUUGAAAAUGAUUGAUGCCAUUAAGAAAGACCUAAACUAUAGCCACCCGAUCGUUGGCGUACACGUUCGGCGAACCGAUAAAAACAGUGAGGCUCCAUACCAGCCCAUGGCGAAGUACAUGAAACACGUUGAAGACUUCUAUCAGAGCCUCGACUUGGCUUCGCCCUCUGGCCCACCAACCCCGCGCAAGGUAUUCUUGGCCUCUGAAGAACCGUCAGUCGUCAUCGAGGCCAGGAGCAAAUACCCGACGUACGAGAUUACAUGGCACAACAACACAGCCAAGAGAGUGCGGGAUCGCUUCACAACUUCAGCCUUCAAGGACAUCGCGACUGAAAUUUACCUUCUUGCUCAAGCCGAUUACCUCGUGUGUACUUUUUCUUCUAAUGUGUGUCGUCUGUCUUUCGAGUUGAUGCAGUCAUUUCGCACUGACGCCUCCUCCAGGGUAGUCUCACUGGACCAUGUUUACGUCUUCCACGCCAUGGACGAACCGCGACACAUCGUCCGCUUUCCACACCAUCCAGACCGGAUAGCCCAGGCGAAGAAUUACAUGAAGGUGGAGGCAGGUCAAGAGGUAACUUCCUACUUCAAGAGCUCGAGUCAAAACGGAUGCAGAACCUUCAUGAUUCCUGGAAAAAUUUCACGAACAGAAAAUUCCUCCCGGAUUAUAAGCUGCAGCAGAUCGUGGAUGUUGCAAACGUUACUUAUCUUCCCCAACAUUUUUCAUGGGGAUAAGACACAAAAACCAACACUCACGGACUUACGGACUCCUUAAUGUUAAUGAUUAUUCAUUUUGAAUUUGUUAUUGGUUGAAGGUUAGAAGCGCUUAUAUGACUAGGUGCGUGGGGGAUAGGUUUGGCUUGGUUGGGUGCUACAGUCCGGGGAGUCCUUACCACUAUAUGAUUAGAGUCAGUCACCAUGGUGCAUGUCUACUCUGGAAAGUCGCGUUUGAAUUUUUGGUUCUGGCCUCGGCGCUUCGUUUCGAUGAUCGUGACAGUAUAGUGAUAGUGGAUCUUCAAGGGCAAGAAGCACCUUUAUUUUCUUCAUUGAGUGUAGGAAGAUAUUUACGUUCAUAUUUCUUAAAAUCAUUUCAGCAUAGUACUGUAGGUAUACUUUUCAUAGGAAAAGCGAUAGCUAUAAAAUGCCAUUUCAAGGUUUUACAGUACACAUUCUUGAUCACUUGUUCUCCAGGGUUUACAAAACGACAGGAUUGAUUGACCUGAGUGUGUAAACUGAGUAAAUUCUAUCCAGUAAAAAGAAGAAAAUAGGCUAGGAAAUGCGGUGCUAAGAACUGCUGGUGUCGAUCAGGAUGUCCACUGCUUGAAUUUUUUUUUUCAAAAUCUUGAAAUUUUAGCAUUUGCUUGAAAACUUGAAAGAAAAGAAAAUGUAUAUAAUCUUAAAAAUCUUAUCCAUUGCACAAGUUCUAGCAGUUACUGUGCGAUUUUUGUAUAAAGAAAAUAAAAUGUUGAAUUGA